GUGAUAGCAAGCAGGGAUAGGGAUAGGGAAUCAAAAAAUAGAAAACCCUUGACCUGAACGAGGCAAAGCUGCAAAUCAAGUCGGUUGUUGGCUGCUGAUGGGCGUUCAGUCGAGUCAUGCGUGCAGAUGUUGUAACGGCUAGGUGUUUUACGUGAGUUGACUUCCCGGUUAGAAUAUUAAUUGAUGAUAAAAAAUAUCUUCGGAUGUCUAUGGGUGGAUGCCAUGCAGAGGGAAGCUGGGAACAAGCAUGAAGAGAUAUGAGUGAUUUAUUUGAGUACAGUACCCAGCUACAUUAACACGUUAUAAAAGGAGCAUUGAGCUUUUUAUUUACUUUGUUUUAAUUUAUUUUAUAUUUCCCAAAAAUAACUACCAUCGAACGUUUGAGGAAGGGUACACUUUAUUAACUCUAUCUUCAUCAAAUGAAACCCUCCCGGCUUACAGACUACAUCAAUUCGUUCCCGAAUACUCCGUAUCCAUCCUCCCCACGCAUUGGCCUGCCUAACGAGCGGAUGCAGAAGACCGGGGGAAGGAUUAUUAUUUAAAACGAGAACAAUGGGGCUAAACCCCUUUCACCGAAAGGUCGCUGAGAUGCCCAGCCAUCACGGCCAUGACAGCCCUGCAGGAUCGCAUCGCCAAUCCUACCCUAUGUACGAUUAGUGUCUUGGGAUUCCUUCACGGCGGUCUGGAUUUCGUGCUAGGCACCGCGACCUGGUCCAAAUCGGAUCAUCACAUGGCCCCGAAUGUGCCGGAACUUGAAGGAUGCCAUGUCCCAACCCCAGGAUCCUGGCGAUUUGGUAGUUGGGUUGGUAGUCGGGGCGUCGGCACUGGCGCGGGCCCCCAUUUAUCCCCUUUGGCGGUUGGGAUAAAGGACCCAUAUAGGCACUAGCAGUAGCUUGGUAGCUGAAGCUGGCAAAACCCUGCUAACAGUACGGAGUAUUCUGGAGGAAGUCAAGGAAGACAAUCUAGCUCCAGUCAAGGCCCUUCCUCUUUCUCAUCAGCAGCGAUAACACCGCAGUGGAAAAGGGGCCCAGAGAGUGAUCGACCGCUCUCUCGACCAGAACAUGUCAUAUUUUCUGCUUUCUUUUUUCUUUCUUUCUUUCUUUCUUUUCUUUCUUUUUCUUUUUUUGCUUUUUUUUAAAUCGGAUGGCGCUGACGAGGGCGAUCUACUGCGCGACGUCAGUGGGGACUGACUGUACAGCGUAUGUCGAUUUCUUUCUUUCUUUUUUUUCAAAUCGCAGGAUCGGCAAGAAGAUUCUGGAAGAAAUAGUUACUCCCGCGACGGCUGAAAGCCGUUUCGGCAACACAAGUUACCCUUGUUUAGUAUACUCCGUCCAAUGCUUGGGACUUACAUCAGUCGAGGUAUCUUCGACCACUGCACCGGUUUCUUAAGAGCAGAAAUAGCUUAAGCACUGCUGGAAGAAAGGCUAACCCAAAAGGUCCAAUAAAUAAAAUAAGAAAAAGAUAUAUGGGAACUGGUGAACGAUGGACUUUCUAUGGCCAUUGGUAAAGACAAUUCUAUGUGUAAAUAGAAGUGUCUGGACGUACCUUUGUAGCAAACAUGUACGGAGUAAGCGUGUUCAACAUACGAGUUAUGAACGCUAGCUACCUAGUUGCCUACCUAAGUAUCUAUUGAUUCCCUAUUCUAUGGUUG